AUGAGUCGCUUAAACCUGGAUACCUCGGCCGGGGGCAACUAUAACCCACGAUAUUCGUUUAUGGAAACACCAGUGGAGAUGCACCUCUCUCCCGAUCAACGGGAUCUGAGAUCUCCUCCCCAAAUGCCAGAAUUGAGAGAGUCCAAUCCUGCUCAGCAUAUCGCGGAGGAGUCGAGACAGCGACAGCAAUCCUAUGCACCAAGUGAAAAGGAACAGCAACUACAAAACCAGGGAAUCAUGCCAGACUACGCCAACUGUCCACCACCAGAACAACACCCAGCACACUAUGCGCCCUUCGCAAAUGCAUCUCAACAGCUAUUACAAAGCUCUCCAGUGACAUUGCCCUAUACCAACCAAGCAUAUACAUCCCAGCAGCAUGUUAUGCCUAUGUCUCCAACGUACACCCAUAUGCACGAACAGCAGCCAAGCACCCAAAUAUCAUCUCAGUCCUAUGCAGGACAGCCAUAUAACAGCAUACAGGAGUACCAACAAAAUGCCACUCGUAUGGCACCAUAUUCAUACAACGCUCAUGAACAGCAGCAACAAGGCACUCAUACCCAACCCCAAACAUAUCAAACCGAACCGUACCAGAUAAGUGAGCAACAAAUUCGCGACCUCCAAAUGUCACCCCAAUAUGCCUCAUACACCAGCCCACCCAGCUCACCACCCCCCAACUCACCAGGCCCACUACCAUUGAAAGUCAACCCAGACGCCCCCGUCCGAAGUGACACAAUGAUUGUUGGGCCAGACACCAAUCCACUGCAAUCACCAAAGCUGCCAUCUUUCCCUCCUCCCACCAAGCAAGCCACAACCAAUGCGCCCGUCGAAGAUCUCAGCGAAUACCACCAACCAGGCCAGAUAACGCACCCAAACCAGGAGGUCCGCGGCGGAGGAUGGAGUAACGGACUGUGCGAGUUCUCGAAUUUCGGAAUAUGCUGUCUAGGACUGAUCUGUCCCUGCAUCCUCUACGGACGGACGCAGCAUCGACUGACGAUGAAAUCGAGAAAGGAGGAUCCGACCAACAUGCUCGCUUAUGAAACAUGCAAUGGAUCGUGCACCGGCAUGGGAUUGCUGUGUGGGUGUCAAUGGUUAAUGGCGACUGUCCAACACACCAGAAUACGGAAGUCAUAUGGAAUCCAGGGCGAUAUUGCGUCUGAUUGUGUGCGCGCCACUUGCUGUACGUGUUGCACGUUGAUCCAGGAUGAGAAGGAGAUCCUUAAGCGCGAAGGGCAGCGGGCUCGCGCUGCUAGGGAACGCGGGGCGACUUUGAUGUCGCCUUACACUGCGCCCGGGCCGAUGAUGUAUGGCACUCCUCCUAAGUAG